GGCCGAAAGAAAACAGGACCAUUAUUAUACAUAUAAUUGUUGCUAGUGUGCUGGUUUUCCUUUUUUUUUGCUACCAGCUAGCACCUUUUCGGUUAGUUUAGUGAGAAUGUAACCAGCCACAAAUGGUUAUUGUAUUGGUGCAGCAUCAUUUCCAUCACAAACGCAUCACUGUUAAAGUGUUGGCUGUACUACACUGUGCUUUUUAGCUGUAAUAAUCCGCAGAAUGCUCAGCACAGACGCUGAGGCACAGACACUGCCGUAAAGCAUCUCCUCCAUGCUAUAUCUACAUUGUACACAAUGGAUUCAACACAAGCAUGUCAGAUGUGUUGAAAGCAGAACUAAUCCCUGGUCAAGCCAGAGUGGAGACAUGUAGUUGAUCCCUGGAGAGUCUCCUGCAGACACUGAUGAAUGGUAAUUGGAUGGAAGCCCCUCACAGCUGCCCGACUUCAACGCAUGUUGGACAUCGGAAAUGCAUAAUUAGGAUGCAACACAUUAAUCCUGCCUCCUGUAUCCGGCUGCGUUAUUUUAUGACUUUGAGAUGCGGUAAUUGGUCAAGAGGAUUCACUGUCCGUCGUCGUUCUCGUGGCCCCAGCCAUCGCUGACCCGGAACUGCUUUUAUGAGGACAACAGCGAGAGGUAAUUGCGAGCGGAGCAGCUCAUCGAUACUGACCAGAGAUCAGCCCAAGGGGGCUCAUUAUGUCAGAGAUACUGCAGACUGAGAGGGGAAGCCUUGCGUUGCAUCAUUAAUUACCAGAAAAAUCACACAAUCACCUGGAAACACUGGAAUCGAUAAAAGUGAUGAUUCAUCAUCAUCUUAGUGUGUAUUUUACAGCAACAUUUGAAUGUUUCUUUCAUGCCAAGUGUGUGUUUCAUUCUGCAUCAGACAAAGGUGGAUGGCUGAAGCAGAACUGUUGCUUCAGUGUGGAAGUGGUAUGUUUUUGGAUUCUUAAGUUUAGAAGAAAUACAUUCCAGGCUAACUGGUUAGCUCUAUCAAUUAACCGCUGUGGAAGAGGGACGACUGAAAUGCUUUUCAUCCAUAUUCCUAUGAGAAAACAUAACUUACCAAUAUCCCAGUUGUAGGCGUUGGCCUCCAUCUCCAUUUUUCCGAUGAUGUACCAGAUGCAGGCCAUCCAGUGGGCCAGCAGGGCAAACAUGGACAUUAGCAGGGUCAGGACCACGGUGCUGUGCUGAGAGUAGCGGUCCAUUUUCUGGAGGAGGCGCAGCAAACGCAGCAGGCGCACCGUUUUUAACAAGUGCACUACAGACACCUGGAGAUAAAGACAGACAUGCAUGACGCAGCUGUGAGGAAUAGAGGAGCGUUGCAGCACGAGGGGUAAUGAAGCCUCCUACCAAGCCUUAGGGAGCAGCUUCAUCUUCUCGCCACCAUCUAUCACCACCUUGCAUCCCACCUAUGGUGACUCCACUUUCCUCCCUCGGCAGCAAGGCCGUACAGGAACUUACACGCGCAGCUCUUUUGCAUAACCUCCGCCCUGGAGAAACCUGUGAGCUCACAGAAGCCAUCAGAGCAGUAGACGAUGGGGAACCCCUUGGAGACCUGAGCGUUGGCCAGUAUGAAGUUACUAUCUAUGGGAGGAAGACAAGAUAGGGCCCCGCCUCCACCCGCCAAGACAAAGAGACUGUAUGACUGACAGAAGGGCUCACUCCAUUCAUGCCGUUGUUCUACGGAGCCAAGUAGAGUGGCCCCGCCUCCACCCACCAAGACAAAGAGACUGUAUGACUGACAUAAGGGCUCACUCCGUUCAUGCCGUUGUUCUACGGAGCAAAGUAGAGUUAUGACAAAGCAGUGCCAUGGGCCAAGAGAAAACCAGCAGUGGGCCCCACUGCGGACACCUCUGCCCUAAAUAAACCACAGCUCCCCAGUACCGGCAGCAGUCAUGCAGCCCCAGAUCAUGGCUUGACCACCACACUACGCCAGACUCAAUUAUCUUGAACCAGCAAAACAACUGGCCGCGUGCACGCCUAUAAAUAUGCUAGGAGGAGCGUGCACACUGCAGGCUGUGCCGUGUAUUGUUCUCCGCACACAGGGGGUGGAUUCUCGCCGCGCUCAUUCGUCGUCACACCACAACACUGAGCCUCAGUGGGUGAAGGAACGUUGCAAGGAGGGGAAUGUUCGGAGGAGGUGCAGCGGAACUACACGGACUCUCAGUGCGUCGACGUUGAUCAGACGAUCGGGGCAAUUGCAAACGGUUCUGCUGGUGAACAUCAUCAGGACGCACGGUAGAGGAGGGUUGUCUGCGGGGUUGAGCAUGCACGCUGGAGCGACUAAAACAGUGUGACUCCACAGAUGGACCCCCUGUGUAAUGGAGCCAAGAAACCAGAGGGCGCCGAUCCGACCGCAGACCCUCGGCCUCCUCCUGCCAAGAUGGUCCGUCUGGAGCAACAUGGAGCUCCUGGAUGCUCGGUGCUGCAAGACAGGAACGUGCAAGGCAGUCCGGGGAUUAAAACCCCCUUUCUGGUCCAGAAACCUUCCUCAGGGAAGCAACAGCAUAAGACCUCCCAGUUGAGAGGAAGCUCCCUGCCUGUGUUCUGUGUGGUGGAGCACAUGGAAAGUCCAGUGGAGGGAGAGAGGAAAGACGAGCAUGCAGAAUAUGUUCUGAUCAAGAGGGACCUGCUGUUCAACCAGCUCAUAGAGAUGGCCCUGCUAACACUGGGAUACUCUCACAGCUCGGCGGCUCAGGCCAAAGGUUUGAUCCAGGUGGGCAGAUGGAAUCCUAUGCCUCUCUCAAGCGUGACAGAUGCUCCAGAUGCCACAGUGGCCGAGAUGCUGCAGGACGUUCAUCAUGUUAUUACCCUUAAGAUACAGCUCCAAAGCUGCUCCAGACUGGAGGACUUGCCAGCAGAGCAGUGGACUCACUCAACAGUCAGGAACGCACUAAAGGAGCUCCUCAAGGACAUGAACCAGAGCUCAUUGGCAAAGGAGUGUCCUCUGUCUCAGAGCAUGAUAUCAUCCAUAGUGAAUUGCACUUACUAUGCCAACGUCUCUGCGGCCAAAUGUCAGGAGUUUGGCCGAUGGUACAAGCACUUCAAGACAUCCAAAUGCAACAGCAUUGAGAGCUUCUCAGACCAGCCAUCACACGUUUCCAUCACUCAGCAGCCCAUCACCAGCACUCCAGCUGAUCAGAGCCUUCUUUACCUCCAUGGAGGGAUGACCAACAUAGUGGCUGGAGCCUCCCCUCACAGCAUUUGUAACUCCGGGUUGCUAACCCAAACCCUCAGCAGGUCUCAGCAGCAAGUCAUGACUCAGUUCCUGAACCAACAAUACGCUGUCAGCCUCAUGUUAGCAGGCCAGGGACUUUCACCAACCCCACAACAGUAUCUCAACCACCCACCUGUAGGGAGGUCUCCCGCGAAGAUUUUCCCCAAAGCACCAGACCCCCAAGGCCCCCAGCAGGCUCAAUGUGGCCCAGAUGGAGGGUCUUCGGCCGGGUUGCAACACCAGACGGGGUCUGGGCUGGUUUCUGUGGAUGUGCCGUGUGACAUCUACCACUGCGUACGGGAGGAAAUGAAGAGGGCGGGGAUUUCACAAGCCAUCUUUGCACGGGUGGCUUUCAACAGGACCCAGGGCUUGCUCUCAGAGAUUCUACGAAAGGAGGAGGACCCAAAAAACGCCUCCCAAUCUCUCCUGGUCAACCUGCGGGCUAUGCAUAGCUUCCUGCAGCUCCCCGAGGCGGAACGAGAGCGCUUCUACCAGGAAGAGAAAGAAAGAAGCCUGACUGGAUUUACACCGAGCAGCAACAACACGCCGCCAAGAUGCACGCAGGCCAGACUUUCACCGGUGACAGCAGACAGAAGUUUGAGAACAGACAGCUGCGUUCUCAACGUUAGCGCCUCCAUCUAUGAAGAGAUCCAGCACGAAAUGAGGCGAGCCAAGGUGUCACAGGCUUUGUUUGCAAAGGUGGCCGCAUCCAAGAGUCAGGGAUGGCUGUGCGAGCUUCUACGUUGGAAGGAAGAUCCAAGUCCGGAGAACCGAACCUUAUGGGAUAACCUGUGCAUGAUCCGACGUUUCCUGAGCCUGUCCCAGUUGGAAAGAGACGCCAUAUACGAGCAGGAGAGCAUCCCAUUACAGAACUGUACUGACAGACGUACGCUGCUCAGCAAUGACAAUGCACUGUAUCAACGCAACUCUCUGCUGCCACAGCAACACCAUCUUCAACCUCAUCAACCCUUGCAUCCAGAAGCAGGACCUCAUUUGUCUCCACGACAACCAUGCACCGCAUCACCGGCUGAGUUGGAGCCUGGGGGAAACUGGGGGCUUUUGAGGGUCAGUGUGCACGGCCAGGGCAGUAGCAACGGCGAGGAUUCACUUGAGGGGCGAGUAGGAGGAGAUUUUGAUGUGGGCUGGAAUUGUCCAAAAGUGGAGGACAAGGAUGCAGACAACUACAAGCAGUUGGCUGGUGGAGAAGGGGUAGAAGAUACAACAUUGAAAGAAAAGCUUCAAGUGAAGUGGCCCAGUUUGAAGGAUGAGCAUGGUGAUAGAUUUGGGAUUUGCACCAAAGCAGAUCAUGAAGAGCAGGCCCAGCAUUUGGGAUUACCAGUGUCCCAUGAAGCCCUGGGCAUUUUGCAGAGCUUCAUCCAAGACGUGGGCCUCAACCCAGACGAGGAGGCGGUCCACACCCUGUCAGCUCAGCUGGAUCUGCCCAAACAUAUCAUCCGUAGCUUCUUCAGCAGCCAAGACCACAUACCCAUUGGCCCACACGGUCAGUGCUGCAGUCAGAUCCAAAAACACAGACAAGAGCAUGGCUGCGCAGUCAAAAGAACUGAGCAACAGGAGCAGGAGAUAAAAACUGAAACAGGAGAAGUGAAGGAGGACGAAAGACAAAUGGAGAGACAUGACACAAUGAAGGUAAUUACUUUGAAAGGAUUGGAUAUGAGCACUCAAACCAUCCCCACGAUGAAAGAGGAAGAUGUCUAACCCAAACAUUUUAGGGUAUAUUGAGCCAUAAGAUAUUGGCAAGAUGUUCAAUUUUAGGACCAUCAUGCUGUGUUUUUGAGUCCUUCAAGAUCAAAUUCAGACACACUGUGCUUGUUUUCCCUGUUUUGACUGAUAUGCAUCACACUUUGACUGUAUGUGCAGUCGGGCUGCACCAUUCUGCAAAAAAAUGUGAAUGAUGGUUUUCUUGCUGAAAAUUGAGAAUACCAUUCUCUGGGAAGGUUGUAUUUUUUUCCACACAGGGCCUUGGCACAUUUCAAGAAAUCACAUUUUCAUUCAAAUUCAUGAUGAUUAUCAUCAUUAUUAUUAUUAGACUCCUCCUUCAACGGUCUUUCUUCAGUUGAUGGGGGACUUUCUUGACAGAAAUUAAUAGAAAGACUGAAAAUAAUUCAUCAAGUAUUCCUCAUUCCACAGUACAUUUGUGCACGUUAUGAGGAAAAUGUCAUGCAGUCGAACCUACUGUGAGCAGAUGAAGCAAGCCUCGCCGGUGGUGUAGGUUGUCAGCAGGGAGAACCGACCGAGAAGAACCAACAUGUUGGGAGACAGAGAUAGUGAGGAGGAAGUUUCAGCCGCAUGAGUCCUUAAAUGCAACAGCGGCAUUUGUGAGGUAACAUUUUUUUUUUCAUAAUUGUCAUUUUGAAAUUAGAUUGCAUGUUUUCCUCUAUUGUUUUUGUGCGGCCCUAACUAACGUGCAGGCAUCAUGAACCACCAUGUAGCGACUUCUCCAUGGAAGUAUGACACAUCACCAAAAGAAAUGUGUUCCCAUAAUAAUGCUGUUUUUCCUGUAAUCCAUAACUUUACUAUCUUUCAUUCAUAUUUAUAAUGUGCUCUGUGGCAGUCACAUGUACCUUUUCCUGCUGCAUUCAUGUCUUGGUUUUAUUUGAAUCACCAGCCCUGCUAUUUGGAUCUGUGUGGAUAUGUAGCACUUCAAACCGGUCCUUAAUAAAUAACUCAAUAAUAAUAUAUUUAUUAAUCAGACCAAGACUCAUGCUGAAUUAUUUAUCGUUUAACCAACGUAUAAUUUAUCCAGGAGCAUGUGGAGUGCUUCAUAUUUGGUGAGUCUCAUGUUGCAUGACCUAAAUCGAAAUAGCGGUCCGAUAUAAUAAUAAUUCUGAGAGUAUAAUAUAUCUUGUGGCUAAAAAAAAUCCAACAUUCCAGUGGAUAUUUUCUGCAUUCAACCAUAAAUACUGUUCUAUGCUGAUCACAAGGUCUAUUUGUGGCAUUGCAUCGUUCUCUACAAUGCCGCUAGUGUCUAUCUUUAGUCUGUUUGCAGUAUUGUAUUCUUUUAAGAAAUGUCUCUGUCCGCCCCUGGCUGUCAUGUUAUGGCCCCCUUACUGAACUGCAAUAGUAACAAUUCAACUGAACACACGUUUCCAUGGUGACACUUACUUCACCAGGGCCAACGAGAGGUCAUGAAAGCCUCAUCAUCAAUACUAUUAGCAAUAAUAACAAUGAUAAUGGCGCUUGUGAAAUGCAGUGUGAGCAAAGGUGAUGAUCGUCAAUAAAUGUGUUUCAUUUCGUAACUGCACCCCCCCCCCCUCCCUCAAAUAACCAUAAUUUUGCUUUAUUUGGUGUCUGUUGGAAGCACCUUGUUGUGGAGAAAGUACUCAUUUGCUUAGAAAUGUCUGUAAUUAAGACUUCAUAAAA